UUAACAUCUUCUUUGCGCAUGCUCAAAAGUACGUCAACAAAAAGAACGGCCAUGAUAGCUUAGUAGUGUCUGUAAUUCCAAAGAUAAAGUAAACAGCUGUCUUAACCUCGCUCCAAGUGGAUAUAUUAUUUCAAAUUAAACUUCGGUUUUUAGAAUAAUGGCAGAUACAAAUCCUGAAGAUUUGUAUGACAGUCAUCCUGAAAGCUCAGGAUAUCCAAAUGAUGAUUUUGAAAAGUUAGAUCCUCCCGGCAGCGGUUUCGAUCAGGACAACGGUGAGGACGAAGAUGCCGACGAUCAGAAUGUAGUUGGUUCGUCAGGUGCGUACGACUUCGACAGCAAUCAAGACGCGAAAAUCUCUACAACAACUGACAUAGCGGGUGAGGAUGAAGCUGAGGAAGAUCGAUAUGCCAUUGGUGCUUCAGAAGCUGAAGCAUAUGCACAUUCCCAUGAUGAGCCCCUUAAUGAUCUUAUUAAUUUUGGCUUAGUUGAUGAUAUCAAUCAAAUCAAUGAUGAUGAAAUCGAGGACGAUCAUUAUCAGGUGCAGCCAUCUGCUCCAGUGCCAGAUAGUAAUGAAUCAUUCAAUGAUAAUCCCACAGAUCCAGAUUUUCUUACUACACUUGCAACAUCCGCACCUCCUUCUAGCCAUUACCCCGAGUCUUUUCCCACAUCUUCUAGCAAACAACGUCCUUUUGAUGCUUUUGAUGAUUUCAUUGAACCCAAAAGAGAAAGUAAACCAGUUAAAUCUACUGAACAAAGUUCAGAGGAAACAUCUAGUUCUAAAGGUAAAGAAUUGAGAUUGCAUUUCUUGAUCAUGGCAUUCCAGUUCCACAAAAUAAAAUACUAAAAGUAGAGGACUUUAUGUAUGCUACUUAUAAAUUAUUAACACAGGACUGCAUCUUGUUUAACAUACGAUUUCAUAAUAAAAUUUCAAUUUUCAAGCUUAACUUAUUAAAAACUGAAUCUAGGCCUAGGUAAAAAAAAAAAAUUUAGGCUUAGGCCUACCAUUUUAAAAUUAUAAUAGGAUGGAAAAAUUUCUCUUGAUUUGUAAAAAAUUUUAACUUUACUAAAUAGAGCUCCUAGUUUGGAACAGUUGUCCAGUGUGUCCAAUAUCAAGCCUUUAAAAUAACUAAAAUGAUUAGCAAGACUGAUAUAUUUUUCUACAACUCAUUUGCGUCUUGUACAACUCAUUCACACCUUUUUAAAAAGCUUUAUCAUAUGAAUUUUGUGAAAUAUGUUUGAAAAAGUUUUAUUAUUAAACAAAAGUACAUCUUAAUAUAAUAAUUUCUUAUAAUACAAGUACUUAAAGCCUUUCCAAGCCAUAAUAUUUUGGUCUAUCAGCUUGCUAUUGAAUAAGAUUGAAUUUGAGUAAAAAGGCGCAAUAUGAUGGUUUUGAAAUUAGAAUUGUGGUGCUUUAAUUUCUGAGCAUUUGCAGUUUUGAAAGAUAAGAGCUGAUGGUCACUGUUAACAUUUUUAUUCCAUGCCAUAUAUAGGCCUAUUGUAAUCUUCAUUACCGGUACUGAAAAUAUACAACUUUUUAUAGCUGUCUAAGUCUAGGUAGUUAUAAUGUGAUAAUUUCCAUUCACGUAUUUAUAAUCCCUUUUGAAAUUUGAUAUCAAUCAGUCUACAUUAUUCACAAUGCACAUGAUUGCAACUAUUUUGAGAAGUACUUUAAUGUAAAAUGAAUAUUACUUUCUAAUAGUGCAUUACAGAUGUAGGAAGCUAAAUAAUAAUUAAUUAAAACUGAACCUUGGGAAAUUUAACAGUUAAUAGCUGCAUGACAUGCAUCGUGAACAAUGAAAGCAACAAGUGGGGGGGAGGGGGGGGGGGAUUCUGUUUUAAAAUCACAUUCAAUUCUAUCAUUAUGUCUAAAUUUUAUACCUAACGAAAAGUUAUCGUAGUUAUUAAACCUCAGCUACUAUGCUUAAUUAAUGGCAUAAAUAAUUUAAAUACAGUAGAGUUAUUAAAAGUAUUAACCAUUUUAAAUUGCCCUUAAUUUUUUUUAUAAAUGGAAAAUAUUGAGCCCAUUAAUUAUUUUUAAAUACUAACAACAGCAGAAUCAAGACAGCAUCAUUCCAUGUAUUGCUUUGAAAAUUAGUUUUAGAAUCACAACAAAUAUAUGAUUUUAAAAAUAGUUUCCUGGCCACUACCCAUAUAACUAUAUAAUUUAUCAAAUCAUAUAUGUAAAAACAGAUAUCAUUUUCUCUUUAAAAUUAAUAAACUAAUUUCUUGAACAAAAAUGUGACAGGAAUAGAGUAACCCAUAACAGUAUUUUUGUAAACAAUGCAUCUAAGUCAUAGUAUUGAAUUUUAUUUUGAAUUUUUUUUUAAAGAGGCUUACUUGACUUGAAAUCAUUUGUCAUAUACACCUACAUUCAAAAUGUAUAUAAUAUCUUUUGUUACUAAACUUUAAAAAAUAAUAAAGCAGAAUACAUUAUCGUAUUCUAAAUGCUCUAAAAAGUAAACAGAGUAGUUGACAUUGUAAUUUCCAUUCUAUUCAUAUAGGAAAAUUCAUAUGAGCAUGACAAUGCUAACUUGAGAAAAUGUGUACUUAUAUUGCAACUAUGAUUUACUUAUUCAAUGUAACAACAGUUAGCCAGAAGAGUAUUGACAAAAUAUUACAAUUGAGAAGUAAUAAAGUUUAUUAUUUUUUAGUUAAGUAAAAGAAAAGUGCAUUAUGUUUUUACUCAUGUCGCCUACUGUCUGUAUAUUCAGUACUUCCAGUGAUGCAUUGUUUAGUAUGAAAAACGCUUGUUUCCUGCAAUGUAAUUCAGACGUGGUAUGAAUUUGUUCUCUCUUUAAUAUCAAAAUCCUAAAUAGUUAGCAUGAGUACAGUAUGGUUCAAUAGAUCUGCCUAUACCUGUUUUGCAAUUUAUUAGAAUGGGAUCUUAAACUGGAUUCAAAGCUCUAUUUGCUUGCUAUUUUUAAAAAAUGCAUGUUAAAUAUGCUUAUCUCAUAUUACAGAUGCGAAGGAAAUAGCUAUAUUUUAAAGUCACUUCCCAUUAAUAUAUAUCACAUUUUAAUAAAAGUUAACCAUGCAUCGUAAAGCAUAGUUAAGGAGAAAUGUUAAUCCUUUGUAUGGACUGAAAUCUCAAUUAGUCUUUAAAUUUAAUGGGAGUUCCAACAGUUGUCAACAUCUUACUGUACUCUAUUGGCAUAUCUAAACACAAGUAGGAUGUAUAAUGAGAACUGGAUUUCUUUUAUGUUGCCAGACUAUAUUUUAGCACUUAUCUGCUUCUAAGUUGACUCUUCUGCAUCAGCUAUUUACCAAAAGUCUCUGAAAGGAACAUUUUGGAAUUAGAUGCACCAUCAAAUGUUAUAUAUUGCUACUAACCAUGAUAAGCCCUCACAAAAAAAGGAAUUUUUGCAUAUCAAGUGCAAUAACCAGCACUGGGCUAUAAUUGUUGUCUAACUUUUUGUUUGUCUUGCUUUACUUUCAGUUUUGCUAAUGCUGACUCCAUCUUUUUUCUGUUUAAUAUCAUACAUGUACUGCUUUCUCCUUAAAGCAUUUCAGAUUAUCUCCGCAAGUCUUUAAUUGAAUUUACUUUAUUAUAACCAAUGAGUGUUUCAUUCAUUGAAAGUUGUACAGUCACAAUACAAGUUAUAUUGGGUAUGACAUUGUAAGUUCAUGACUAUCAUACCUCAUGUACUUUUAUGGCCCUAUUUGGAUAACUUUCUCUUGUGCUGCUCAACCAUGCUGCUGGCUUGCUUAUUAUAUAUCUUUACAAAAUAAUACACAUCAUUUGGAAUAUUCUUAUUCUUUGGUCCAGUGAAAUUACAAUCACCUUUGAUGGCCACCAGCCUACCAUAUCAUAGUCUCUUUUUAUAAUUUUCAUUUCCCUCUAUGCCCUUUCUUAUUCAUUUGUUGUUUAUUAUAAAACUUAUUUUUAACCUCUUGCCUUUUCAUUUCCUUAAUUUUUGUUGUGGUGUCUUUCAAUCAAAUUUAUUCUUUCAUUUGCAGGCUAUUUGCAAAUAUUGUGGGUAAAAAUGACAUUUUUUGGUGCUCCAAGUCAAUGAGCUGUUGGGCAUGUUCAGAGAGUAAUUCUUGUUUAAAAAAUAUUGACUGUUAAAAAAAUUGGAGAUUACUGUACACCAUUGUACCUGUAUUUCAUAUUUUGAUUGGCAGAGAUAGUUCUUAUAAACAAAGGGCUAAAUUAACAAUUAGAUUUUAAUAUUUCUUUUUUUUUAAACUAGGAAAGUGGAAUUACAUGACAAUAAUGCAAUCUUUAUUUGAAAACACAUAAAGCAUGUACUACUGCAUUGAAUUACCUUAUGUAUUAAAAUUAUUGGGUAAGAUUAUUUUUUAAUGUAAACCUUUUCUCAUUAGAAGGUCCUACCAUCAUAAAUUCUAAUGAAACCAAAAAUACCUCUAGAAUUUUUCCACUAACUUACACACGUAAAACCGUUUAUGGCACUGAAGCAGAUGCAGGUUGGUAUGAUUUUUCUACAGUAAUUCAUAUAUUGUUCAGGAGGUGUGGUGGUUAACUAAGUUAUCGGUCAUUCUUCUUUAUUCAGCAUUUGAAAAGCUACUUUUAAAUCCGAUCCAUUUACAGUGGUUGGUGUCACUUUGCUUAGUUUCUGGGUUUACUUAACUAUCAUUAUCUCCAUUUCAUUUGUUAAUGUUUUUAAAUUUGUUUUUUUUAAUUUUGUUUUACAAUUAAAAGUAUAUGCUCAUACCUGUCAAAUGAUUUUUAAUGAAACAUAAAAUGGGUAUCAAUUAUCUAAUAAUGAACACAUAUAAACAGAUUAAUUAAAUAUUGCAUCAAUCAACUAUGAUAUUAUAUUUCUCUCUCUAUUUUUUCAUAAAGAUUAUUUGAAACUCAAACAUAUUGGUUUGCAAAAUUAACCUUACAUUUAGGUAAUUGAAAGAUUAUUAAGUUGAUCUUCUAAAUAUCACUAAAUCUCUGGAAAAAUUAAAUUUUCUUAGUGGAAGUCAUGGUAUUAUAAUUGUCUGGUUGCAAUGUGACCUUAUUUCAAGAUAUAAAACCAUGUUUUUUAAAAAGCUGAAUAGAAAGUAAUUAAAAGAUAUUAAGAACUUAUUUUGAUAGGUUUGUAUAUACUCAGAGAAAUGUCGGUUAAGUUGAGUCUAAACUAGUAAUUCAAAAUCAUAUUUUUGUUAAAUGAGGCCAGGUGUUAUCAGUAUUAUCUGCGGUACAGGUUUUUUCCAAAUUUUCAUUAGUUUCUUGGAUUUCAUUCAGUUUCUUUCAAAUUUUUUUUAAUUUUCUGACUUCUUUACUUGCAUUAACUUAACAAGUGUCUUUGUUUUUCCAAUUAUAUUUUUAGCCUUAAUAUAUUUGGGUUCAAAUUUAAUUUAGUUCGCCUUUAUUUAUGUAUUUAAACCUCUAACUCAUGUCACAUAAAUUAAUGCGGUUCCCUAAUAUGCUAAUACUAAAUUCUGCAACAUCAUUAUGUCAUUCUAUUUGUUCAUAUGUUAAAGGGGGGUAUUUCAAUCUCCCUUAACCCUUAAUAAAUUUGUUUUGAAAGAUUUCUCCCUAGCAGUUUAAAUAUGGGUCGGUAAUCCAUAAAUGCUUAAUGCAUAUAACAUUUUAUGCAUUUGUUAGGUGAUUUAAAGAAUGAGAUUGUCUCAGACAUAUCUGCAGAUGAUGUGAUUUUACGUCCCCCCAAAAACAGGAGUCAUUUUCAAAGGACUGCAAUAUAUAGAUCUUUCAGGAGUCUUGGUAACACAUUAUAGCCAUGCUCCAAAAUUUGCUUUUAUGAACAACAUUUGCUUUUAUGUGCCUAAGCUUUGUUAUAGAGAAUUGAAAAAUUGGAUACCCAAACAAGCAAUGUUAAAAAGCUUUUUAACUUUAAAAUGUCCUGAACAGCAUGGAAUAAAUAAAUAAUCUCUUUAAUUUAUUUUAGCUUUGCUUUUCUCCCUGACAACCAUCAUUGCCUGAUAAACUGCUUUAUAAUGAAUUCAUGCUCUAACCCUUGAUAAAGUUUAGCUUAUGUGUUACACAAGUCUCACAUGCUGUGCUUAAAUUUAAAUUAACCACUUUUGGAAAAGAAAUUUGUCAAGAGGCAUGUUUUAGUAGUUGUGAAAAGGUUGGGUGGGGUGGAGAGACAACAGCAGUUUAAGGGUAGCAUAAUUAAGAUGAUAAAAGAAAGAGUAUAUAAGUACAUUUGGGCAACAAUCCUUUCAACGAUGGAUUGGCUCUUGCUUGUCAAUUCUAAAGGUUAGGGAACACUGAACUAGGGAAUGUUAUAUAAAGUGUUAAGUUAUAAUAUCAAUUGCUUUUUUCAGCAUAAACUGAAAUCUUUUUUGUUUUUUUUUGGGUUUUUUAAAGCAAUUUUCAGUCCUGAUGUGUAACCCACAUAGCUUAAUAUUCUGUAUUGAGUUUUAAAGCAAUUUCUCUUGAAGUUAGACUAUUAAUGAUCUGUAAUUGGAAUAAGUUAUUCAAUUUAUUUUACAUCUCAUGUUUUAGUUUUGUGAAAUGUAAGUACGUUGUAUUACCAUCUAUCUCCAGAAAGUAAUGUCCCAAUGAUACAGAGAUUACAGUGAUAAGUCCCAUUCCAAAGAUUAGAUAACGUAACCCUUUUAGAUUGCAAUGACUGUGUACUAAAGCAAGAACCCUUAUCCUUACAAUAUUUAUAUGUAUGAUUAAAAAGUCCAAUGAUAUUAUCUUUCAUGCUGCCCACCCCAUCCCUUAAUCCCUGACACUUCCUGCCAUUGGGACUUAAGAUAAUUUAUUUACAGAAAUAAAGAUGAUUUACUGACCCACUUAAAGGAUUUCAGGCAAAUAAAUAAAUGGUUUGGGCAAGGGUGGGAAUGGUUAUUCUUGUUUUAAAAGUUACUUUAAUACAAUCUCUAAAUAUGCAGUUGUUACCAGAUGCAACUACGCAUGAAUCCACCAUUUAUCUUGUGCACUUAAAGCUAUAGAAGUUAAGUUACCUGUUAAAUAAUUAUUUGGUCUCUGAAAAAGAUUUCCUUGAAAAUUUAUUGAGUAACAAUUUUUACAAGGUUUUUUUUGAUGUACCAACCAUAAUAGGUUAAAAAUUAAAAAGGAAGAAUGUAAAUCAAAAAUUGAAAGAGGUUUUUUUAAUAAUACAAUUAAAACAGCAGAUUUUAAUGAGAAAAAAUCAAAUUUGUGAAAAUUUCAAAGAAAUAAAAAAAAAAAUUAUUCAAACCCAUUGUAAGAUGUUCUUAAAUUAUAAUAUAGUGAAUGUUUCCAAUAAAUUUGAAUGGCCGCAGGCUGUAUAGUGCUUUAUGCAACCAUAUAAAUUCUCAUGUAAAUGACAAAGGGUCAAAUAUAAACUUGAUAAUGUUAGUUUACUAUUGGAUGAUGUUUAAUAGUUAAAAUGGAUGGCUCCUUAAAUUUAUAUACAAAUCCUCAGCUCAUUGGUGCUUAUCAAAGUGUGAGAAUUAUUUAAACAUUUAUUUAAAGAUAUAAUAUAAUUGUGUUUAGCAUUUGAUAUCAAAUUAUAAGCAUAUUAAAAUUCAGUUCUUUUAAUAUUUAUGAUUUUAUAUAUAUUAAUGAAAGCAAAGAAAAUAUUCACAAUUCUGUUUUUUGUUGUUAUUAUUUUUGUUUUGAAGUACCAGUAGCUUACUAAAUCUUAAUUAUAUCAGGUUUUUUAUUUUCAACAGUAAUUUAAGAUAUAAUAUUUUUAUAAUGAAUAGAUAGAUAUAUACUUAGAUUGUUGUAUUCUAUUAUCCAUGUGUCCUCAAGUUAUUCCAUUAAUGAUCCAUUCCACAAGCUAAUCUGUUCAACUUGUUUUUUAUUGACAUAGGAACAUGGUUAAAAGGAGUGGAUCCCAGAGGUAUGUAAAUGUCUUUUUUUUUAAAUAAUUUUUUAAAUUUUUAGAUAUGAAAUUAAUUUGAAAAGUUUUAUUAUAAAAAAUGUCAGAUGUGUUUUUGGUUGGAAUGGUUGUCUUUGUGUCUUAAAUUAUUAAACUUUUUUAUAUUCUUCCUUCAAUGUGCAACAGUUGUUAUUGUUUGUUUAGAUGUAGGAAAGAAGAGUCCCCCACCUAAUGACCAGAGUUAGUAUUAUGUGUCGCUGAGGCAUGUUUUACAGUUGAUAAAUGGUACAUUCUAUGAUUGUCUUAGCUAAUUGUCGUGUGUGAGUCAAAGACAUCUUAAUCCCCUGUGUUGAUUUUGUUAUUGGAUCAGAUAUUUGUCAUGGUCAAGCUGCUAUCUAUUAGUCUGUGAGAUCCAGGCCAACCGAGAAAUGGGGGACUAUGAUGAAUGGGUUUGGUGGGAAGAGGGGAUUAGAAGGAGGCAGUGGGGUUUUGUUAGGAGAUGAGGUUUGAGGGAGACAUUGGGGUCAGUGAUCACUGACUUUAGUACCUAGUGUGGCCUUUUGCCUCACAACUGAUAACCCACUCAUUACAAAUAUCUAAACAGUUCACAGAUAGACUCGCCCUUUUUGUACCCAGGUUUUUUUCCCCAUUUUCAGUCCAAUAAAUUACCCCUAAGGCCCCCCCCCCCCCCAACCCCUUUCUGUAAAAGCAGUAUUGUUCCUUAAGUGUGGACUUGACAUGUAUUAAUGAAAUAGUAUUUAUGUUCAAUGAAAUAUGUAUCAGCCUGGCAAAACUAUUAUCCCGUUCAUUUUGUUGAUAUUUUGGACAUGACUUAGAAACUGGGCCUCAGCUUGUGAGGUUUUCUUUUUAUAAGUUCCAAACAAUACUUCAUCUUGAGAAAAUAUUUUUUUUUUAUAUAAAGAAGCUUAUGUAAAGAUGCUAUAUCAGGAUGUAUAAUUUAAUAUUAUUAGUAAAAAAAAUAAUAAUGAUUUUUACAUUUGGGAACAAAUAAUGUUAGAUGCCAUUAACAAUAUAUGGGAGGCCGCUUGUUUGAAACUUAUAGAGUGGGUUCAAUACCAUAGUCAGGGAUCUAUUUUGUAUAACUUUUCAUUCUACUGGACACUGGGGAGGUGAAGUUCCAAUUUUCUCGGCUGGUCACCUGUGAUCUGCCACUUUAUCCGGCAUCGUCUGCCAGAUUUGUAAUAUUAUAUAAACAUGUUUUUUUGCUAUGCUGAUCUUAUGUCCCCGUUGUAUGUAUGUGAACAGAGCCAAAAGAUGCCUCUCCUGUCGCAGCCAAUUCCCCAACGUUUUGUAAGUGUUGAUCAAGUUGUUGAAUGUUGCCUGACUAUUCAUGACACUCGUUCGAUGUUUCUUUCAGGACCUUUGCUCUGUUAUUUAGUGACUUUUUAUCAUUUCUGUUUGAUGGCAUGGCAUGCAUGGUGGUAUUUUUUUCUUUUUCAACCUUUAUUAUACUCUUAACAAUGAAUGCCCGACCAGUUAUCGAUCUAGACACUGAGGAAUUCUCAGAGUGUAUCAAGUUAAUGAUAUGCCGGGUUAGUUUUCUCCUGGCCACUGGCUGUGUCUAUUCAUGGCAAGCGGAGUGCCGUUUCAAUAACUUGUAGACCGCCUAGUUUGCUUCCCCCCCCCCCACGUGACGUCUAACCACAAAAAAACUCACUCAUAUAGCAUAUGAUGAUAUGUUCAGCUGCAAUAAUUUUUCUCAGUGGUUUGUAGCUUACUAUAUAUGGCUAAAUUGACCCGCUUUCUUUCCGCUCUUUAAACAUAUAAUCAUCUGUUAAAUGUCUUGCAGCUUUCCGUGUUGUCGGCCAAUGUAACCACACGUUUGAACCAGUUGGUCGCUUUCCACAGUUACAUAAUAAGCAGAGCUCAUUAAACUAACCUUGAAGCUGGUGGAUACUUUCAAUGCUAGACAUUAAGACAAACGCGUUUCAAAAGACACGUGAUAAGAGGGAACGAUUUUCUUACAGAAAAAUUCCAUUCUCCCUAUAAAACUUAAACGGGCUUUAGAUUUUAUAUUGGAGUGCUAUCUGAUCUUUAUACACCUCUAACAAAAAACAAAAAAAAAAUGUGUCCCAAAAUGUAUUUACAUCCGUAAAAAAAAAAAAAGUUUUAGAUAUUAAACACGUUUACAUUUAUUAAAACACACCCACUUGCUAAAUUGAGGGUAAAAAUACAUUUCACGUUGUUAGAUGUACCGUUACUCAUGGGGGGAAAAAAAAAACUGUAAGAAAUUGGAUGUACCGGUACUUCUUAUAAAUGAAAGUAUAAGAAAUUAGAUGUACCGGUACUCCUGAUAAACAAAAACUACUGUAAGAAACGCUAACUUGGGCUAGGUUGACAGCUCAAAACGCACUUACCACCGGUCAUUUGAAAUCUCAUGGAUUUAUUUAUUAAGUCGUGAUACGGACCAGCAGUUUGAGUUAUAGACAAUAGCUCACAAUAUGUGGACUCAAGUGGGAGAUUAUGGAUGAAGAUUAAAUUGCGAUAUCGUUUGUUAAGAUAAUGUAUUUGGACAAGUACAUCUGAAUAAUAAAAUGUGUAAUUCUUGCAAUCAAUCGAAAUUUAAAUGAAAGUAUUUGUUAACGGAGGCAUUCCAUUGUGUUGAAUGUUGGACGCUGUCUUAUACACAGCUGAUUUCAGCCACCGGCUGAUGUUAACUGGCAUAGAGUUCAAAAUGUUUUCAUACGUUCAAUUAUUUGCCUUCAUCUCAGACCAUUCGAGGAACCUUGUUCUGAAAUGGUGAGCUCCCCUCUCGACCACCAGCGGGUUAUUAUAAAAUAACAACAAUAGAUACAAAAUACACUUGAUUUCUGAGUUUACCCAGACACCAUGUUGUAAACAAAAUAAGUGGGGCGGCGGGGGGGGGGGGGGGGGGGGGGGGGGGGGGGGGGCAACUGUGAAAUGUUUGGUAUGCUUGGUUUGACGGUCCAUUAUUACCGGGAUAUGGCCACUGAUUUGUAUUUUGUUUACUUUUUGUCUUUCUACCGGCUUUUGUGUGGUUUUGCUUAUUUCUCCAUCAUCGUCUACCCAUCAAAUUCUUUAAAUUGUACAGCGAUCUUUAUUGUUAUAUGCCUUUAUCUAUGCUUUUAUUGUUUGGGAAACUGCUCCUAAUUAUUCAUUUAAUCAUAUUUAUGUGUAGGAAUGGGGGAAAGGGGGUAAUAAAAAUUUGACGUAUGGGAUCAUGAGCUUUUCAGUUUGCUUUGGGGGAGAAUAAGCAAUGAGGACAUUUAGUUCUUUUUAGUGGACCCUUCGUCUCAUAAAGAGAUCUGUAUGAUGAUUCAUUCGUAGACUUGUUUUAAUGCUUGAAGCAAGGUGUUAGAUGUACUACGCCAUGCAAGUUGUAUUGUAAUUUAUGUGAAGCUUGUUCACUGUGACUAAACGAAGAAGAGCAGUUAACUUUUUUAAACCGUGCCCGCUGUGGCCAGCUGAAUAACCGGCCAUGUUAUUUAGGUUUGAUUGCCUCUGUAAUUCGUUGUGUGUGAAUAAUUAAUGUCAUGCGCUCCUUGUAGCAUUGAGAGGUAGGGAUGGGCGUGGUGGCAAUCGGUCAAUUAACUAGCACAGUCAUAUGUUCUCAUCUAAUAUCCCAUUGAGUACGCUGGGAUCUUUACGAAUUAGUCAUAUCAUUUAGAACAGAGCUCCGCAACCAGUGCGCCGCGAGGCGAUGCUAGGUGUUCCGCAGCAAUAAUCUUGCAAAAGAGGAUGGACACAAAUAUAAGAAGAUAAAAAUUUGCCGGGGAGAAAAGGGGACAAUGAUUAGCCAAACAACUAGCCGCCAAACGUUUGAGGUCAACUAGCGGAACACAUCUGUACGUUUAAAUUUAGCUGGUCACAGGACAAGUCACCAUCUAUCUGAAACUACGGGUAAAAUAUGCCCCGUACUUUUUAUAUAAGUCAAAAAACUAGGUGUCUUUUGCUGGUUGUUCAAACAACGGUGUACACUAAAUAUGUAUCAUUUCAUCACCAAUAAAUGAAACAAAUCCAAACAAGCCCUAUACUGAGUGUACCAAAGAUCUUUCAUCUAACUUUCCAAUUACAUAGAUACAAGCUGAUGUAUACUUUUUAAAAAGCGGCUACCAGGAAACAGUAUUACAAAGAUGAAUACAUUUAUAUGAUCGAAUUUGUCAAUAUCAUAAACAUAAUUAAAACAAAAGCCUUACAUUUCAAGAACCUUUGACAAAAACUGUAAGGAAAUGGGAUCGUGAUUUAAAUCCUUAUUAUUUGACCCCGAAAUUCGUUGGUUAUCCCUAAGUAAGGUUGUUGCUAAAUUGCUUGAGGUCAGUUCAUUCCUUUUUCAUCGAAACACGCACCAACAGUACUAGCUUCUGGAAUAUGAUCACUGGCUGGCUAAGCCUGCACUUCUGACUUCUUGUGUGAAUACCUGAAUGGGCUCAAUAGAAAAUUCAAGGUUGGAAUUAGAAUUCACUAACAUGCACCCACAAAACGGCCUCAAUGAGAAACUUGAACUUUGGCUAACGAAGCUACACCAAGGAUCUUAAGAGAUGCACCGUCGAACUAAGUCGACCAUUAUCGCAAACAAUCAAAGCGUUUUAAAUUGGACGCAACAACAUCGAACAUUGCUUCAGCAAAAAUUUGACCAAUAUUUUUAUACGUUAAAUACAGGGCUUUUAAUUGGUUCCGAAACACUUUUGGCCUUACACGUCCACAAUUGUAGAGAAUUCCCAUUAGGUUUAAGAUGAGUUUCUGGAAUUGACGAAUGACGCAUAUUUUAGUUUGGGAAUCCCUCUUGGUCGUACCAACUAAAUUUAACACUAUGUAACAACACGAUUAAUUGUAAUUAGUUUUUGGUCUAGGGCGCCACCUUGCGUACUGAUUGUAUCAUAUGUUAACCAUGCUUUGGUGGAUCAGUUUUUUAACAUAGUCAUGUCAUCGUUUGCACCAGCUCAUCUGUGAUGGGGGCUAGCUGUGUUUUAACAUAGUCAUGUCAUCGUUUGCACCAGCUCAUCUGUGAUGGGGGCUAGCUGUGUUUUAAAAAAAGUCUUCUCUGCCACACCAGGCUUGGAUUAACUCCAUUCAUUAUAUAGUCAUUAUUUUUAUGCUUAUACAGUAACGAGAAGCCUUCUGGGAUAUUGCAAAAUCUGGGCAGAAUCUCAUUAUUAAAUUUAAACAAAUUAAUUCAUAUAUGUUUUGAGUUCUGUCGACUUGUCAGUUCUUGCUAUUUGACCCGUUAUGUUGAUAUUAACUGUGAAAUAAGAAUCUUAUGUUAAUAUUAGAGUGAAAAACGAAUGUGAAUCUUAUUAGGGGGGAAACGAAUAUGAGUCAUAUGUUAAUGUAAGGGUGAAAACCGAACAUGAAUCACAUGUUAAUGUUGGGGUGAAAAACUACUAUGAAUUAUAUGUUAAUGUUAGGGUGGAAACCAGAAUCAAGAUGGAAAAAACAACAACGAAAGCAACCAAAAAAAACAAACAUCGUGUGUGAUGAAGGCGCAUUUUUAGUCAACCCAAUAUUGGAUUUCCUCAUUAGAGAAACUUCAAAUGACUUUUUAGAAGAAAAAAUGGCAGUGUGAACUGUAAAGUGGAAAUAUGCUUUUUUAUUUUAUGGAAGGGAAGCCAAAAUUUCACUUUACAUUAUAAUAAUAUCUUAGCAUAUAUAAUUGAAUGAAGGAAGUUGUCUUUGGUGAACUAAAUUUAGUCUCUGAUACCAGCAGCACUUUGUUUAGUCUCUGAUACCAGCAGCACUUUGUUUAGUCUCUGAUACCAGCAGCUCUUUGUUUAGUCUCUGAUACCAGCAGCACUUUGUUUAGUCUCUGAUACCAGCAGCACUUUGUUUAGUCUCUGAUACCACCAGCACUUUGUUUAGUCUCUGAUACCAGCAGCUCUUUGUUUAGUCUCUGAUACCAGCAGCACUUUGUUUAGUCUCUGAUACCACCAGCACUUUGUUUAGUCUGAAUAAAUGAAACGUUUUAUUUCAUGCUGUAUACCGCAACAUUUUUUUUUUUCUUUUCAAGAAGCCUCUUUCGUUGAGAAUAUAUAUUUUUUUUUUUGUGGAAAAUUAAUGGCAUCUCCAAUAGUGUGCCACGAUCGUUCAACUCGACCUGUUCUCUGGUGCAUACCACGAGGUUAUGGAAGAAUUUCACAGUUGGGUUCAUAGACGUCAUAGAGCUUCAGUUGUAAUAAUACCAAUAUAGCACGCUAGUCAUUGGGCCUCCCAUACACACGUAGCACAACACUAGUGUCAAUGCAGGCGUUCUCUAUCUUACAGCGCAUGCUCGAAAAAACACACCUUCAAAUCCAUUUCCCAAGUGUGCGCUCCGUGGUUACUGUAUUAUGUUGAGAUAAAAGAAGAGUUAGCGGUAAAGGGCGGCUAAGGAGAGAAAGAUAGCUACGCUACCGCGGUAAAUGCUGCCCACUGUUGUUGCUUGGAUUUGUGUGUGUAGAAAAAAAAACGCUGUCUGGUUGCCAAGUCUAGGUUUACCCAGGGCUAGACUCAUCCAUAUCAGUGCGCACCUAACAUGCACAGCUUUGUUACUUAUGAAAGCCGGCAUGCAGUGGAACCCACCCGACUGCCAUCACGUCGAUGAAACGACGUGUUACGUUUACCGGGUGGAGGGAGAUGCCACCUUUUGCUAACGGCAAUCCUCGGUGCUAGCUCGGAGAUCCAUUAUUGUUAGUCACCCCCUAACAUGGACGAGAAAAUGAAUCGAUAGUUUGUGAACAAGGGUAUUGUCCUCCGUACUUGUGGUUAGUGUUAGAUCCCGAUGUAUUGAUCGGGUAGGACGAGAGUAGUGGCAUGCAGCAGACUGAAUGGCACACCAGCACAUCUAGACCAGCAGUUCCAAGACCGCCGGUAAUAGGUGUUGUAAACAAAUGGCUGCAUAUCGUAAUAAGAGCGUGUGGUUGGGUUGGGGUGGGGGGGGGGGGUUGACCUUCACAUAUACAAGAAUUUCUCUGUGGAAGGCAACCACCGCCCCGAAAAAGUAAAAUGUUUCAAAGACCUGUGGAACUUUUCAUUUUGAUGAAAGACGAGCUGAACUCAACCUGCCACUCAACAUGUGCUUGAAAUAGCAACGUUUAUCGGUAGUCUGGCAAUAAAGCAUUUGGGCGAGUGGGCCAGAUAGUUCCCGCUAUAGAUAGUAUAUUUAAAGUCUGGGGUGCACAUACCAACAUGGGGAAUCCCUUGCAGGGUUAAACACACGGAGAUGGCUCCCUUUUGACGAAUGUCGGCGUCUUUUAGUUAUAGUAAUAAAAAUGGUCCAAUGUAUCGUAUUCGUUUCAAAGCCAGUAGCUAAAAUGCGAAGUGCUGAAAUGAAAGUAUUCGUCUUUCAAUAUAAAUGAAAUUAUUAUUGUUUAAAAUCGGACAAUUUAUUUUAGCUUCUCUCUAUUUUUUUUUUAGUUAAACAAAAUCUUUUAUUGCGUAGAACAAUUAUUUUUUUUUUCCCUUUCAAGUUUUUAUAAAGUCGGUAGAAAAUCACAAGAAUUAGGACAUACAUUUUAAUAACAUCCUUUAUGAUAAAAUACAGAGCCCUCAGUAAACUGUUAAAAGAUAGGUUUAUCUGUAAUUAUUUAGAGUCAUGUAUACUUUGGUGUGUGUGUGUGUUUGUUUUUCUUAUUUGUAAGGACAGUCAUUGAUUUGCCUAGUCUCUGUGGCAGUUACCACCCAGGCUCUGUGGCAGUUACCACCUAGGCCUAGCCUUAAAAUGUAAAUGCUGUGCUUCAAGGCAUUUGUGUUCCAUGCACAAAAUACCAACAGUGAUGUUCGGUUGCUUUUGCAUGAAGCUUAACCCCCCCCCCCCCACCACCCCGCUUGUUUAUAUUGGUAUUCCGGACCCACCCACCCCACCCCAUCCCCACACACACACUUUCUUAAAAUGUUAAUGCUGUGCUUCAAGGCCUUUGUGUUCCAUGCACAAAAUACCAACAGUGAUGUUCGGUUGCUUUUGCAUGAAGCUUAACCCCCCCCCCCCACCACCCCGCUUGUUUAUAUUGGUAUUCCGGACCCACCCACCCCACCCCAUCCCCACACACACACUUAGCGCACACUUCCUUAACAUUGAUUAGAUGACAGCACUGCAUGUUUCUUUCCUAAUUAUAUUAAAUUCAGGUUUCCUUGAAUUUUUUUGAUGGCAAAAUGCUUAAAAUAAUCCUGAGGCGUAUAGUUCCCAUUCGUUUAGAAGGUUCACUGUACAUUUAUAAGGCCGAGGCUUAUAAUUGCCAUUCGUUUAGAAGGUUCACUGUACAUUUAUAAGGCCGAGGCUUAUAGUUGCCAUUCGUUUAGAAGGUUCACUGUACAUUUAUAAGGCUGCGACUAUUCGCACCCGGGUAUCGGAAGUGAGAAGUUGGGAUAAAAAAAAAAACUAUUUAAAAUAUUAUUUUGGGUUUGUAAGACAAAAUGAAGUAUCAAAUGAAAGAUAAUUGAAUGGACUAAAUGUUUGUAAACUUACUUCUUCAGUUUAACUAAAAUAAACGACCAGAAAUGACAUCCGAAUGGGAUUUAGUCUAAAGGGACCCGGGUACGCCUAGCCGCGAUUAAAGGAUAGCGUGUAGCUAACUUAGGGUGACCAAACGUCCCGUAAACACGGGGUUGUCCCGUUGGUUUUUUUUCACGAUCGUACCCGUUGUCCCGAAAAAGUCUCUCGGAGUGCUGUUGGGGUGCACAUACCAACAUGGGAAUCCCUUGCAUGGUUAAACACACGGAGAUGGACACCUAAAUGUCCUUUUUUUUUUAAACCAAACACUUUUUCUAAUCACUAAUAAAGUUCAAUACUCAUAGGAGGUCGAGAUUCUAUCUCUUAGGACCUCGGCCAUGAAACAUGGCCUAGUAGUCCCUAAGGACUCCGGCCAUGCAACACGGUCUCGAGUAGGGGGUUGGACAGUUUGCUUCCACUCAUCAGGGGACAGUUUUGCGUCACCACCCCCCUUGCCCAAUGAGUCAUGCGGUCUGGACGUUGCUUUGGAACGGCUUUGCUUCCUCUCCGGGGAUGGCGUUGCGUUACCUCACCCCACUGUCCAGGGAGCCGUACGUUCCUUGGUGUGGCACGGCUUUACCUCCUCUCCGGGAGUAGUCUCGAGCUUAAACUUUCUCCCACCGUUCCUGGGAGUUGUGCGGACGUGGGUCAGAACGGCUUUGCUUCCUCUCCGGGGAAGGUGUUGCGUUACCUCACCCCACCGCUCCGGGAGUAGUUCGGACGGGACUGUGUCGAGACGAAACGGUCACCUAGGAGCGGCUUUCUCAAGGCCGCAUGUUUUUAAUCCUCAGCAAGGGUUUAGAAAACCCAAGCCUCAUAUCCAUUAUCGGCGACUCGUCAUCAUGUUAGCGCGCAACUUCCGUUGCGUUGGAAGUCAUGCGUUUGUCCGGGAUUUUUUGGCUUCAGGAGGAAACCUCCCUACUGGUCCGUCACGCUGCGAAGAGGCAAUAUCCCAUGUAACACCACCGAGCCAGUGAUGCUGAGCGUCGACCUCACAGUGCUCGGUCUCGGCCCGACGGUUUUCUAAUCACUAAAAAUUUCUAAUUUAAAUUAUAACUUCAAAUAAUAUUAUGGCUAGCUGUGUAUCCAGUGCCAGUAGUGAUGUGGGCUAGCUGUGUAGCCAAUGCCAGUAGUGAUAUGGACAAGUGAUGGCUGCACCGUUCCCUCUCCACCACGUGUCCCUGCCAUAGAUCUUAUAUGUAAAUGUAUAGCGAAAGACACGAGACUUGAAGCCGCAAAAAAAAAAGGGGGGGGGGGGUUGUAACUGUGGAGAAAACAAUUUUGAUUCCACGAUCGCUACGUGUAAUGUGUUAGUCUUAUGCGUGGUCCCUAUCGGCCUGUUCGUGUAAGAGUGACAGGUGUUUGUUUUGGGUGUUGAACGUAAUUCUUUAAUUUUAUAUUUUCUUCUCAAGUAAACAAUAAUUAUGCCCAAGCGUCAAUGUAAGUUUAUGGAUGAGUAUUCCAAAGAGUGGAACUAUAUAAAAAGGGACGCUAUGAAAGUGAAGCCGUGUGCACAGUUUGCAAUGAUGUUUUUAGUAUUGGUCAUGGUGGACGUUCAGACAUAAAACAACACAUCACAUCUGUGAAACAUAGGAAAAGCCUGAGUGCCCCAAGUAGAUUUCUAAGUUAGAUUUCAUAAUUAAAAUGAGCAUAUUUCAAUAAACAGUUCCCGACCGAGGUCCCCGGACCCCUCUUUAACUGGAGGGUAUUUCCCCCGCCCGCCCCCCAAAAAACCAACAAAACAACUGUCCUUGAAAGCGUCCCGUUUUUUCCAAAUCAUGAUUUGGCCACCCUAAUCUAACUAUGUUUGACGUGACCAUUAAUGUUGGGGUAUGUGCGCGCGCCUUCGGAUGCCUGCUGUGUAUAAUAUCAACUAAUAAUGUGGGCCUAGUUCUUGAUAUUCCUAUAAUAGAGAUAUACGGGGCAUGACCCCCGUGUACGCGCGCAAUGACCGUCACCAGUAGAGUUGAUGGAGGCCAUGGAAGGUGGAGGCCGUGGCAAGUGACCAGUGGAGUUGAUGGAGGCCGUGGCAAGUGACCAGUGGAGUUGAUGGAGGCCGUGGCAAGUCACCAGUAGAGUUGAUGGAGGCCGGGGCAAGUCACCAGUAGAGUUGAUGGAGGCCGUGGCAAGUCACCAGUAGAGUUGAUGGAGGCCGUGGCAAGUCACCAGUAGAGUUGAUGGAGGCCGUGGCAAGUCACCAGUAGAGUUGAUGGAGGCCGUGGCAAGUCACCAGUAGAGUUGAUGGAGGCCGGGGCAAGUCACCAGUAGAGUUGAUGGAGGCCGUGGCAAGUCACCAGUAGAGUUGAUGGAGGCCGUGGCAAGUCACCAGUAGAGCUGAUGGAAAGCGUGAUGUGUGAUCGGCUUCUUGGCUUUCCUCAUGCUUUUCAGAAACCGUUACUUUACAGAAUAAAUACCGAUAUGAAUCAUUAUGAAUAGUUAAGUUUGUCAAACUAUCCCCCCCCCCCAAGCCCCUUUUUUUCAUGACGCCUCUCCCACGCACACUUAAACCAAUUAUCAUUUGUUGAUGAUGAUGAUUGAUUACUUGUUGCAUAGCGCUAGUGUCCAUGCUAUUUUAAAGUGCUCACUGGCUCUGCCUUGUACUAAUGUGCACUCUUGUAUUAUUCCCCAACUUCCGUUGCUUAAUUUGUAGUUAUUCAUAUACAUCAUCGAUUUUAUACAGAUACAUGAAAUUGAACUGCCUUUUCAAGCCUACUCGUGCGAACAACUUACUACUGUUGGAAAGUGAUACACUGAAAUGCAUAUGGUCUGAGGACAUAUGUCUAUCUAUGGACACAAAUGGAUAGUUUAAAUUAAGAAGAGCGUGGCACAUUUCACAGUUAUGUUACGAUCUACAUCACAAACAAUGCCGUAUUUCCACAAAGAAAAGACUACGAAUACAGAUUCAAUUACAUCGUGUCAACUAAUUUAAGUGCGUCGUCUCGGGUUCAAGGUGAGGGACGCUGGGGAAGAGGUUCUCAAAAGUGUAGCUUGUAGUUAUUUACAUAAAUAGUGGCAUGUGUGACAAACUAAUAGUACUAAUAGUGUAUUAUGAGUGAAGCUUUUUUUUUUUUUUAAAGUUAUAAAAUUUUGCCAAGUACAUGUCUUCAUCGGUUAAUAUAUUAACACAAUACUAUAAUGUCUAUAUUAUAACAAAGAGGAAAGGUAAAAAAAAAAUUAAAAGAUUAUGAACUUGAAAUAAAAAUUCGUUUUUAAUUGACCUUAUAAUAAACCAGUUUCCUUUAAAAAUAAAAUUUAAAAAAUAGAGAUUUACCAAUUCUACCCUUGUAAACGUAGUUAAUUUGGCAUCUAUUUGCUGUUUUCUUGUUCAAUUCAAUAAUUGAUUAACUUAACCAGGGGAUCUUGGGGACCUAACACGACCCUUAAUCACACACUGAGAGCCGCUGGGAUGUUAGUAUUUAGCACGUGACUAUCAAGUGGCUCUUUACGCCCUACUCCCCCUCAAGUCCAAUAGUCCAAUCAACCAGCAACGUUGUAACACUGCACGUUAUGGUGAUUGUGGGGAUGCAAUGUUGGCUAGUUGACUGGUGCAUUGUGCACCAUUAUGUCCAGAUUUUUAAUUAUAAAUGAGGCUGUAUGAAUGCUGUGAAAAUAAAUUAUUUGAGAGAUAAGGCGCCCUCCCCUUUCUACAAAGACACCGUGGUUGUUGACUGCAAUGUUUUCUUUUGGCCUUAGGAUUGUGAUGGGAGAUAAAUACGUUGUUUUCCUCACUCUCCUUGAAAUGCGCCAUUUAUCAAUAGACCAACUGCCAAGGUCAAAUGCACCACUGCCCCACACGACUUAACUGCGUGAUUUGCGCCGGUAUUAGUUUAGCGAUUAGUUGUAGGUUGCAUCGUAUAUCAGCUGAGUCAUAUGGGCAGGCAGUACUGACUACUGGAACUUAAUUAUCUCAUGAAAAUACUGAGAAAUUUAGGUCAGCUGCAUACUGAGGUCUCAUACAAUUCAAUAAUAGGCAGGCACAAUGGGAGGUUGGGGGGUGGAAAGGGGGUGAGGGGGGGGGGGGGGGGGACAGAGCCGUCGCGUGGGCACCUUUUAAACUAAAUGGUGCCAUCGAAAAAUUAACUUGCUUGUGCCUCACUCUACCCCUGAAAGGCUUUGUUAAUAGGAAAGAAGAAACAUGAAAAUAACUAUUCACCUAUGCCUUAUACAUGUCAUGAUAAGAUUUUACUAUGAUAUGCUAUUUUGUUUCCCUUAGUUGAUUCUAGUCACAAUUAUCUGCUCUAACCUUAUAAUGCUGUAAACAUGUUAAAAAAAGGUGCAAUAAAACUCUAAAAUUAAGAGUAUUUUUUUAAACAAAACAAUAUUUCCUGUACAUUAAUAGAAACUUGUCUGAAACAUUGUCAAGUAAGGGAUAUCAGAUUCUCUCAAUUUAAUUAAUAUCUUGAAGGCUUUAAUGAUAUAUUCUAAUAGACACUUUAAUUUGCAACAUGAAUGUCUUACAUGAGAUGAAUGCUUGACUAUCUUAGGUUUUUUUUAAAAAAAGAACCUCACCAAAGCACUUUUAGAGGUUGUUUGCAGUUAAUAACUAUACUAGAGUUCUUUGUUGAUGAGCAUUUUAAAUAAAGCAAACAUGCUGGGAUGUUGACUUCUGACUGAAAAUUCCAUUACAUUGAGCAAGUUCAAAGAUCCUGUUUAUUAUAUUAUUAUAAAAUUGAACCCAUUAAUUUUUAGUUUGAGUUACUUCAAAAAAACAAAAAAAAAAGAUAAUUAAUUUUUUUAAAUAUUGUUGAUCUUAUCAGUACUUGGUCAACAUAGAAAAAGAGCUAUACAAAAAAUCAGUGUAUUUUUACUUGAAUAAGGUUUACACGAAUGUAUCAUAAAUAUCUCCAUAGGGUACAUAGUACAGACCUGUUCACCCUCAAACUCUUAAAAUCGUACAAUAUCAUCACAAAAUUGUGCAAUACCUUAUAUUUAGAGUAAAAAAUAAGCAUAAAGUAUAUAUUUUUACACUUGAAAAUCGUACAUUGUACGCCAAAAUCGUAAGAGUAAACAGGUCUGCAUAGUAUAUAACUAAAAUGAAAUUUAAAUGUAAUAACUUACUCCUUCAUUUUCUUAAAUAUUUUAUUCACAUUUUAGAAUGUUCAGUAAUAUUCCUAAUUAUUUAGUUUCAAGUGAAGGCGAUAGACAUAAAAGAAAAGAGCCAUUUAUUAACUAGGUUAAAAAUGGAGGAUAUAUAAUUUAUUUGACUUCAAGGAAAUUAUGAGAUGGCUAUUUGCUUAUUUCAAAUAGUGAUUAUUUACUUUUUUUCCCCCUACUGUGCAUUUACUUUAGGUGAUGGCACCAUUGUAUAAGUUAGAUUAACUUUCUUGCGUUGUGCUUAAGUUCUGCUUUUAAAAAAAUGUAUUGUUUUAUCAUAAGAUGUCUAUAUUUAAUUAAUUUUUUUUCAAAUUCUCCUUUUUUUUUGUUAAGUAAUUUUGUAUUUUACAUAUACUUAGCAUUACAUGAGUCAUUUUUUAAUUUAACAAAUGAUGUGACAAAAAUUUAGCAUUACUAUAACAGAUUGUUUUUUUAUUAAAGGCCUUAAAAAUACCACCAAUAAUGGCAUAAUAUUAAUUCCUUUAAAAAAGCUCUGAGAACAUAUCACAUUGGUUUUAUUACAGAACAUUUUAUUUAAGGUAAUGAUAAAUUUUGAGAGACAUUGGAUCUGUGAAUUAUUUAUUGCAUUUCUUUAUAUUGUCAAUUUUUCAGUUCAAGACCUGAUCUACUGGCGAGAUGUGAAGAAAACUGGUAUUGUGUUUGGAACAUUGUUGAUGAUCUUGGUGUCUCUGGCUGUCUUCUCUCUCCUAAGUGUCAUUGCCUACUUGUCUCUGGCCGUCCUGACAGUCACCUUCAGCUUCGUGGUCUACAAAAAGAUCAUGGGCGCUGUCCAAAAGUCCAGUGAAGGACAUCCUUUCAAGUAAGGAUUUAGAAAAGAUGUUUUCUCUUGUUAAAAAGUGUAUCUGUGAUUUAAAAUGUCCAGACAUUCAGCAUAUGGAUACCUUUUUUUUUAUAAAGACAGGUUAUUUUUUUUACAUAUGAACUCCAUUUUAAAAUUCAAAAGAAUCUCUUUUGACUCUAAUUUUCUGUUAUGGUGUUUAAUAACUAUAAUAAUCUAUUCCUUACAUACAAAUUUAAAGAAUGAUACAUAGCACUCUUGGAUAGAUAAGCUCAAUGCACAAUAUAUUUUGAAUUGAUCAAUGUCUGAUAAAAGUUCUUAAUGUAAAUAUGCCUAAUAUAAAAAUGUAAUUUCAUCAAAACCAGUUUAUUUUAACUCAUUUUAGUUUUUAACAUUUUUUGAUAUUGUGAGUGCACACUUGACACAAAACAUCAAAAUUUAAAUUUUAAUAAAAAGUACAAAAACUACAGCUCUCUGAAUUAGAUUCAUAAUUCACCUUCAAACAUUCCAGCUAAAGUCAUAUUAAAAGAUGUCAAACAAAAUUUAAUAUAUUCAGUCAUUUGUUUUACCAUAUUAUUGCCAACUAAAAGCUUUUAUUUUAUCUUCCAUUGGUGUUGUAGUUUUUUUUGUACAUCCAAAAGUUUUUUCUGUAAUGAAGCUCAGAUGCAAAUUAAAUAUGCAUUUCAUACAUGUGUACAUAGAAAAAGCUUUUCACAAAAUAUUGCAUUGAAAAAAUGUCAUUGUAAUAAGAUUUUCCUUAAUUUUUUUGUAUCCUCUCAUUUAUUUGCUUUAUAAGUGCUCAAGGGUAAUUUUUUUUAAAUUUGAAAGUACUUGUAAAGACAAAACAAUGCAUUAUUGCCUUGAUUCAAAGUAUAUUAUUAUUAGUGCAAAUUAUGCUUUAUGCAACUCAUAUCAAUCAACUUGAUUCUGAAUACUUGAAACAAAAAUAACUUUUCUUUUGCAAUUCUUAGGACCAUCUUGGAGCUGGACAUUGAGUUAAGUGAACAGAAACUGAAGAGUGUCAUUCAGAGCAUCCUAAAAAAUGUCAACAGCUUAACUAAUGAAUUAAGACGUCUCUUCCUUAUUGAGGACAUUGUUGAUUCAAUUAAGGUAUGAGUAAGGAAGUUUUUUUUAUAGUAAUAUACCUAAAUUUUCUCUCACUAAAUGUAAAUACAAGCUAAGUCUUUUUAAAAACAUUUUUAUCUCUUUCCGUGCUAAGCCCCGAUAUAUCGUCGAUUUGACUGGUCACGUUUAUGCCAACCCACGAUAUGUUGUCUGAAUAGUUUACAUAGUUAAUUUUGCUUCCUGCGGCUAUCAAUCCGACUUUUUAUGCUCUUAAAUGAAGGAUAACUCUUCCAACUUCCUUUCUGUUGGAAGUAGUGUUUGUUUACAUGUGUUUUUCUAAUAAUUGCGAUCUUUUUUCAUGUUUUUGUGUUGAAACUUUUGUAAACAAAGCAAUGGCCACGCCUACUCCAAGUACAUCAAGUGUUACCAGACCACGUAGGCUGUCAAGUUUGAAGGCUCAAGAGCUUUUAUUACAAAUAAUCAAUGUUGAAAAAUCAGACAAUAACGAUGGAUCGUUUGAAUUUGAUUCAGGUGAUGAUUAUCAGCUUUCUGAUACUGAUGAGUCGGUAGAUGGAAAUAGAGAAGGUGAUAAUAAUAGUGGUGACAGAGAGGAUUCAGAUAAGAAUAAUCCUGUUCCUGCAAAGAGAAGUCGGAGAUCAGGCAGAAAGAUGCAGGAAGAAAAGGAUCAGGAAGAGACAUAGCUGCUACUGUUAGCUAUGCUGGUGACACAGGUGGUCAGUCAAAUAAUAAUAACUGGAGGAAGGCAAGAGAGGGUGCAGAGGUUCGUGCUUCAUUUCAUUUUAGGGAGGUUGACAGUGGGCCACAUCUAAAUUUGCCACAAAAUGCCACUCCAUGUGAUUUUUUAAAACAAAUAAUAACAGAUAAAAUUAUUUAUGAUUUGCUGCCUUUAAAAAAAGUAUACCCAUUUUAGAACACUCGUAUCUUCAUAAAUGGAAAAUUGUAAUACGCCCUGAUCUUUUGAAGUUCUUAGCUGUUCUGAUAAAUAUUGGAAUGGACCAAAGGCCCCAAAUCAGUGACUAUUGGUCAACAAAAUGCUAUAAAUACAUACCAUGGUAUGGACAAAUGUUUUCAAGAAAUGAAUUUCGUCUGCUUUUCCACACGAUGCUGCAUGCUUCUGAGUCUGAUGCGCAAGGAGCUGCUAAGAUUGAGCCCUUUGUGUCAAAGCUCCUGGGUCAGGGUAGGAAAUUUUUUUUAUCCAUAUGAAAAUAUCAGCAUAAAUGAAAUGGUCAUUGGAUACAAAGGUCGCUUCAAACACAAGCCGUUCAAUGCUGCAAAGUACCAUAUCAAAACAUUCGGGCUUUGUGACUCAACAACAGAUUAUGUCAUCAAUCUGCUGAUCUACUUUGACAAGAACACAGCAUAUAAUCCUGACUUUGAUCCAAUUGCUGGACAAGCAAUAAAAGUGUUUGAUACCCUUCUGCAACCCAUGCAGCAGCCUCAUUACCAAAUCUAUGCAGACAGGUUAGUACCACAGCAGCUCUCAUACAGUAUCUGCAGACAAAAGCACUGUUCAAACAGCUCGCCGAGAUUUUCCACCUGAUUGGAAAACUCAAAGACUGGCACAUAAAGAGGCAGUGUGGCAUUCCAAUGAAGAAAAAAUUGUUUUGGCUGUUUCAUGGCGGGACAAGAAAGCAAAAAAAAAAACAUGCUUAAUGGUGACAACUUGUGGCAAGGUGGGAUACAUUGAGAAAGUGGAGGGGCAUCAGACAGUUGUGAAGCCUGAGGUCAUUGACAAGUAUAAUAUGUUGAUGAAUGGCUGUGAUCGUGUUGACCAGCAAGUAUCAUAUUAUGGCUGCCACGGUGGCAAAACAAUAAAGUGGCGGAAAAAGAUAUUCAUUUGGAUCAUUGAGUGGCACAAGUCAACAGCCACAUUCUCUAUAGUUUGACCCAACCGGUAGAUCGAAAACCAGUUUCCUUCGCAAAGUUCAAGGAGCAACUCAUUCUGCAGCUGGUAGGAGUUUCUAAAGCCCAGCACCCAGAAACACAAAUUGCCCUAAUGCCCACCCAACCAAAGUCAGGGAAAAAGUCCAUCAACAGUGCAGAGGAGCAUCUCAGUGAAAAAGAGCACCUAGUUGACUAUGACCGGCAUGAGCGACAGUGAGAAUAAUGUUCAUUGCACAAAAUAAUCAAACACAGCUGCCAUGUGUGCAUCAUAUGCACAGGAAGGCCUCAUCUGCGUGUUAAGGAGUGCUUUAGAAAGUACCACACAGAAAGAAAUUUGAACUAAAAUAAUAUAUUGUGUAAAUAAUGUGUUUGACAUUUGUAUAUAUAUGCAUAUGCAAAGUAACUGUUUUCUUCGGUUGACAUUAGUGUUACAAAAAUGUUUACAAGUCUGUAAAUAAAUGGAAUAUUUUCAAAAUGUAAAAUGCAUCCUCAUCAAAAAUGGAUAUACUUUCUGAAGAUUGAAGCAUAAUAGGAUACAAGCUACACAGACCAUAUGGUAGUUUGAUAAGUUCAGAUUUUGUGCCCAUUUAAAAAAAAUGUAAACUAUUGUCAUAUUGUUUUAUUUGUUACAUAUUUGUAUUUUCUGUCUAAUUUCCUUUAAUUUGAUAUGAAAUACAGCUAUCUUGAUAAAAGAAAUGUAUUCAACAUUAAUUAAUAGAUAAGAGCACCCUAAACAAUUUCCAUUGGCCUAAAACUGGUCUGGCACAAACGUGGAAAACCCCCUGGCACGGAAAGAGUUAUACAAUUUAGAAUUUAGCACACUUUAGACAAUGUAGUAUUUAGCACACUUAGUUUUGGCAAUGUAGUAUUAACACACUAGGUUUAAACAAUAUAGUAUUUAGCACACUUAGUUUAAACAAUGUAGUCUUUAGCCCACUAGGUUUAAAAAAUGCUGUAUUUAGCACCAACGUAGUCUUUAGCACACUAGGUUUAAACAAUGUAGUAUUUAGCGCACUGGGUUUAAACAAUGUAGUAUUUAGCACACUUUAGACAAUGUAGUAUUUAGCACACCAGGUUUAAACAAUGAAGUAUUUAGCACACCACGUUUAAACAUCUUUAAUUGAAAAUCUCCAAUACUGAUACAAAAGUUCAAUAAUAGUCACAUUUGAAAUUUUCAGUUUGGAUUGCUCUUGUGGGCUCUCACCUACAUUGGAUCCUGGUUCAGUGGAAUGUUUCUCAUUGUCUUGGGUGAGAUCCUUGUUGUCAACAUUAAUACAUCUUGUCUUGAGUCAUCCAUAGAUUAUGUCAUUAAUUAUUAAAAGUGCAUUCUAAAUACUCACUGAUAAGUCUUUACAUUUGCAAGAUGUGUUUAAUGCGCUUUUGUUUACUUUAGAAAGUUCUGUUUUUAAUAUAAAUGAAAAUAUACGACCAAUCUUUUAAAUCUGUUUUAACUAUAAUUUUAUUACAGGCCUUGUCCUUCUUUUCACUUUGCCCAAGGUGUAUGAAACAUAUAAGGUAGGUAAAAGCUGUAGAACAAGUGUGUAUUAAUUCCCAUGUCUUAUAUGGUAGGACAUUUAAUGCACUAAAAUAUUAGGGGCAUUUAACAAUGUAUAUUGAAAGCAUUGCAGAUAUAAUUUGCCCUGGUUUGUUUCACCAGACCAUCGACGGGCGAAUAAUUGAAAGAGGAAAAUCUAUAAAAAGUUUUGGGCGUGUCUGCUAAUCUUGAAUUUAAUGCUUUGGCGAUAGACAAAAGUACUGAUGCCAUCUGUGCAGAUUAAUUUGGAAUUUGUAUCUGAAGUAUUCAUCAUCAGUGGUGCUACAGCCCAUGUAGGGCCCUGGCCUGCUCCACCACAUCCUGCCAUUCAAAUCAAUCCAUGACUUUCCUCCUCCAUGCGCCGACCCCCAGCUGACAUUAGUCCUCUAUGCAUCAGCGUUCCCCAAACGGUGGACCGGCACCGGUCCGCAAGCCUUACGUUACCGGUCCGGAGAGCAUGAAUAUUGAUGCUUAAAUAGAAAGAAAAUGUAAUUAAUAAAUCUGACACCAAAGUUUGGGAAACGCUGCUCUACAUCAUUAAUCCAUCUCAGUCUUGGUCAAUCUGUGAGCCAUCUGCCCCUAGAUUUCUGCCUGUAAAUCACUUUUGUUGCUCUACAAUCUGGCAUACUCUCACUGUGUUUUGUCCAGCAUAGUCUUCCUUUUUAAUUGUUGCGACUAUGAGUGUGUUUUUGAACAAUGGAUAUAUCUCUUGGUUUGUACGGAUUAUCCAUCCAUCAUUGUCUAUCACUGGACUGAGUAUUUUCCUCUUCCAUGUUUUGGGAAGGUUCUCUACUUUUCUGGUAAGGGACCAAGUCUCACUUGCGUAAAUUACAACUGGUCUCAUUUAUAUGUGGCAAUGUGCCACUAUUUGCAACUGCAUUUAGCUAACAUUUUAUAUGUGGCAGUAUGCAAGAGAUAGGAAUAAGAGAAUCCACUCUCAUAGUCAUAGUGUGACUGCUGUGGGUAACCCCAAGCACGUACACAUCCAUGGUCAUUUCAAGUAACACACAGCUGUGUACUGGCCUUAAAUUUUAUGUUUGGUUAACUACACGCGGGAACAACCAUCCCUGGCCCGGGGUUGACCCAUGGUCAGCUCGUGACGCGGGUUCCCUGGGACUGUGUGAGAUAGAAGGGGGGCGAACUGGGACUUGGAGUGUGCACAUUUUGAGAUUGUGGUGUGGAACGUAUGCGUCGGGUCGGCGGCAGGUGUGAGAGAUUUUCCUGUCGGCUCUGUCAAGGAAUUGUACCUUACAUUAAAAAGCUAUAGUUCUCACACCUGAUUGUUUUAUUGUGAUUUUAUUUAAACUGUAAGCCAUGUCACCACUCGGCUACAUAUAGUUGUGUAUAUGGCUUUCUUUUUUUCUCCUUGAGAGGUUUUUGCUGCCUAGUAGCUUUUGUAAAUAAGUAUGGUUGUGUUCUGUUUUAAUUUCUUUUACCUCUGUCAUUAAUUCAUUAUGCUCAUUGAUAGAAGCUCCUAAAUAUUUGAAAGUAGCCACUGUCUCAAAGGUGUGGUUGCUUAAAUUGAUGUUGUCUUCUUUAUGCAUGUCUUGUGACUUUACCAUAUAUUUUGUCUUUGCUUCAUUUACCUCAAGACCAGAUUAAACUGAUGCAUGUUCUAGUGCCUUGAAUGCUUUAAUUAUAUCUUUGCUGUUUCUGCCCAGUAGAGCUAUGUGGUUUGCAUAUGCCAAGCACUUAAAUGGGCCGCUAUAUAAAUUUCCUGAUGGUUGGGGCUCAAGUAGUUUGCAAUAGUUCCACUGGUACUCAAUGGUUUCUAACAUUUUCUAAUAUGAUGUUGAACAUGAUACAUGAUAGUGAGUCUAUUUGUCUGAGGCCCUGAUUAAUCAGGAACUCCCUUGAGUACUCUCCCUGUAAGUUGAUCCUACUUGUGGAAAUAGCCAUCGUCAUGUAUAAGCCGGGAAAGUUUGUUAAGGACUCCAAGUUCCUUAAAUGCAUACAUGUUUAUGCUUUCAAAAGCUGUUUUUUAGUCCACAUAUAUUUUCAAUAAGCACUUGUAGUACUUGCCCUACAAGAAACUGAACACAUUGGCUUCACAUGUAUCAAUUGAAAUGUGAUCAAUAUGAUUGUUUGCCGAAAAGGCAGCAAAAUUUAUGUAGGUGAGACGUGAAGAAGAUCUGAAAGGUUCAUUGAACGUCUUCGGCAUAUUGAUAUAUCUUCCUAGAUAAAAAUAUCCUUGGCUUCAAAAUCAUGUCUUAUUCGUGUCAUCGCUAUUUGGAAGCACCUGCAUUUGUGAGCAGCUAUUUUCAAGGAUGAAGCACACAAACAAUAAAACUAGAACCAAAAUAUCUGAUUAGCAUCUUAUAAACUUACUGAGAAUUUCAACUGCUUCCGUCGAGCCAAAUAUCAAAGCAUUGGUUUCCAUCUCAUUAAUUUCAUGUUGCUAAAUGAAUCCAUGAAGCGUCAAUUUCUUAAUUAUGUUAUUUAUUUAUCAGAUAUUCUACUCUUUACUGCUCAUUAGCUAUCGUUAGUGUUAGUGUAUUUAAUUUGUGGCCCAAAAACUUUUCUUCUUACAAUAUGGCCCAGGGAAGCUAAAAGGUUUUACAUUCUUACUGUAUAAUGCAUUAGGUCAUUCAUAUUUAACAAUAUUUUGCGGUGCAUCUGCAUUAUUCAUCACAUUAACUUUUUAAGAUUUAACUCAGGUUGAUUAAAGAAAAGUAAACAACACUUGUUUUAAUUAUUUGACUGCGUUUUAUUUUUGUAAAACUGUUUUAGUCCUUGUAGAAGUAGUAUUAUCAUUAAUUCUGCUUUAACAUUACUCUUUGAAACAUGAUUUUAAAUGUUUAUUUCUCUAUUACCAGGUGCAAAUUGAUAAUUAUUUUGGUUUGGCCAAGGCACAAGUCAACAAUGUUUUGAACAUGUAAGUGAACUCAUGAAUUAGUUAAUUACUUCACUAGGUAACAUUCAUAUCCAAAGAACAGACAAAAAAAAAUUAUGUUUGCAUCACUAUUCCUGUUUUGGAAUAGAUUGAACAUUUUCUUCAAUUAUUUUUCACCAUCAUUUUGGAUGCCAGCCAAUCCAGACACAUAAAAAACAUAGACCUAAUUUAAUUGAACUUAUUUUAAAUUAAAUUAUCUGUGAAGAUGAUUUCAUCCAUAUUCCUUGUACUAGACUGAAAUAACAGUAAUGCCAAUGGAUCUAGCUCUAGUUAUAGUAAUAGAGAUAAAGAAUAUGGAUCUAGUCCCAGUCAAAGUAUUGACAUUUGAAAAAGUAUAAUUGGAAAAAGGUGGAUUUGAAUUCAUUUUUUUUAAUUUGUAAUUAUUUUGGCUGCAUAAAACUUCUUUUAAAUUUUGAGUAUGAUUUUGAAAGACAGAUUAUUUUUGGAGUUCCUUUUAAUUGUGUUUGCAGCUUGCAAUAAUGCUUUUAUUUUCUUUUAUUGCAGUAUUCAAAGUAAGCUGCCAUUUUUGAAGAAGAAGGAUAAAGCUCAAUAAGUUGCAAGAUGUUCAGACAACAGGAAUGACAGCAAAUCCUCAGUUUCAACUAGACCAAACCUGACACUUUAGGAAAUUUCUGAAGGAGAUACCACAGCAUAUAUUUGAGACUAGUUAAUAUUCAUUUUAGAAUUUCAAGUGAUUUAAUUAUCUUAUGUCAUCAGAAGGAAGUAUGGAAAAUUUGUUAAGAGUAAAGUUACCCAGAAAUGUCUACUUGACCUCAAGAAAAUGAAUGUCACAACUGUCAUCCACUUUACAACGUCAACACACAAACUUGAAAUGUUUGUGUUUAACAUAAGACAUUAUGGUGUUAUUCCUCAUUUGGAAAAGCAGGGAUGGUUAAACUUAAUAAUACACAAUAUUGCUGUCACUGUCAUUAACAUAUGACUAUUUUCGUUUUCAAGAGCUGAUAUUUCUUCUUUGUAAUUGGCUUUAUAUUAGCAUGUGGCAUGUGUGAUUUGAUGGCUGUUAUAUUCCAUAGUGUGUACUACUUGACAAGGAGAAUUAUUUUAAAGAAAUUAUACAAUUUUAGCCCUAGGUUUACACUGUAUUAAAAGGAAUCUGUUUUUUUUUUUUUUUAAAACCAAUGUGUGUUUUGCAAUGUUAGGCCAAUAAAAGUUGAAGCUAUUUAUGUAUAACAGCUUAACUUUGCAACAGUGAAGGAUAGACUUUUUUCUCCUUUCAGUAUUUUGUCUUUCUUUGCUAAUUCACAGGAUUCUUUUUUUUAACAUGUGCACUCUUUUUUAAAUUAUACAAUUUUAGCCCUAGGUUUACACUGUAUUAAAAGGAAUCUGUUUUUUUUUUUUUUUAAAACCAAUGUGUGUUUUGCAAUGUUAGGCCAAUAAAAGUUGAAGCUAUUUAUGUAUAAUAGCUUAACUUUGCAACAGUGAAGGAUAGACUUUUUUCUCCUUUCAGUAUAUUGUCUUUCUUUGCUAAUUCACAGGAUUCUUUUAUUUAACAGGUGCACUCUUUUUUCCUUCAGAUCAUUAUUUUGGUUACUGUCUUACAUUUGAUUGAUGUAUUUUAGUUCUUUCAUUCAAACUACAUUUGAUCAGUUAGGACUUUCCAUUAAUCAAAAGCACACAAGUAUUACUGUAGAUUUCUAUAAAGCCAAAUAUACCUACAAUUUUCUUUUUCUGUGUGCAUGUUUUGUAACUAUUAGUGAAAGUGAAAAAGCCAUGCAAAUGAACCACCUAUCAAUCAUGUCCAACAACUUUUUAAAAUGAAUAUUUUAAUCUAAAUACUGCUAAUUUUUUUAUUUUUUUUAACUUCAUAUUGCACUGGUAAAAUGAUUAAAUUAAGCUUUUGAUAAGUGGAUGAUGACUAGUUUGUGUUUUUUUUUAACUUACCUAUUUCAAUUAAGUAUGCCCUCCCUCUGUUAGUUUUACUUAAAUAAUUGUAAAGAUAGAGCUAUCUAAAAUUAUUAUUUAAAAAUUUUUAUUUUCAAAUGCUCAAUUUGUUUUAAUUCUUUAAGGUAUUUUUUUCAAAGAAGAUAGUUAUUUCAGCUCAUUGUUGUUUUUUGUUGUUUUUUUAACGAGUGUUUAAUUUUUUAAAGUUAUAGUAAUUUAGUUGUAAAUAUAACAUUUCCAAUGUUUUGGCAGAUUGUUCCAUAAGCCUCUAAAUUAUCAAUGUACUGUCAGGUUCUGUUGAAAAGGUUAUGGAUGACAGUUGAUUGUACAUGAAUGGUUUGAUGCACCUUUUUCCCUCUUACUCUAUCAUGUGAUAAAUGUUUAACAUUUUGCAGUUGGUUUGUUUUAAAUCAUGAUAUUGGUUUGCCAGGUGUACAAGAUUGUUGUAACAUCAUUAUUGCUUAAAUAGGCAUUAUUUAGGAAUAAAAUGCAACUUCUUUUUUUUUUAAUAUUGAAUAUUGUAUUUCCUAAACACUUUGAAAAUAAUAUCAAGUUUGCAUAUAUAUGCCAGAACAGGAUGGUGCUUUUUAUUAAUUAUUGAAUUUGCUUUUGAAUGAUAUCUGGCCAUCAUUUUAACUUCAUUACAAUGCACCAUCAAAAGUUUGUAGCGUUGAUGAGUUAUUGUAUAUCAUUACUUUGUUGCUUAAUAUUUGCUGAUUGUUAAUAUUUCUAUCACUGAUGGCAUCAUUUUCUUAGAUCCAAGCAAUCCUUUAUGCCCGUAAAAUACCAAAAAUUGGAUUUUAUCAUGAGGAAUUAGGCAAUAUUUUAUGGCCAAUCUGGCAUUUUUUCAAUGACUCCUUUGAUCUCAUGGGUAUUCUUAAUCCAUACAAUAAACAUUUCUUCCAGAAAGAAUUUAGAAUUUAAACAUCCAACUUUUCAUAAUUUACUUUCAGGGGUGUUGGGGAUCAGGCAUUAAGUUUUGGUGGGGUUUUUUUCCAACUCUCUUAGUGGAAAUUUAAACUGAAAGCCAAAUCAGUUCAUCCGUUACAACGACAGGAUUUUAAUCUAGAAAAAUAUUACUACUACAGAAACUGACAGGAAAUGUCAGCAUUAUUCCGGAAAAGGUCAAAUGUAAUUAUUUUGAAUGCUUAUUAAAAGUUUUAACUUAACCACACUAAAAUUAUUUCAGUUUUUUCUUUAAUCCAUUGUAUUUUCAAUUCAAGGUUGAUAUUUUUCCCUUCCUAGUCUUUAACUUGUACAUUUUUUGAUUCGGUCGGUCACAUCUGUGGGCAGUAUGUAGAGGUAAUAUUUUUUUCCCCAUUUGAUGUCUUAGCAUUUUUCUUGUGUGCAAAUGAAAUCAACACCUGGAAAUAAGAAUUGAGAAUACCAAUAUUCCUUUACAUUUCAGGGGUGGGCUGGGGUGUUCAAUGAACAAAAAAAAAAGAUUUCCUAUUUUUCAUUUUCCUUUUUUUUUAAAAAAUUUAAAAAAGAUAAUUCUAUCUUUAGUGUAAAAAUUCGUUUUUUCCCCCCUUAAUUGUAAAUUGAAAUCAUAGAAACUGUGCUAUAUCCCUUUUUGUAAUGGAAGGGAGAAACAGCCAUAACUUGACACCAAAGGAUAAAAAGUAGAAACAAAAUGUACUUGAAACAGAUUUUUUUUUUAGCACUGGUUUAUAUUUUAAGAUGUAAUAUUUUAGACUCUGAUGUGCUUAAUGCUCUAAACAUUUUUGUUAGUGAAAUUUAUUUUGCCACAGUGGUACUGUACAAUUUCACAUUUCGUAUAAGAUCAAUAAAUGUGAUGUGUCUAAAAUCAAAA